AUGGUGUGUCGAACUAAAUCAAGUGACAUGGAGCUUGGUGUAUUCCUUAUGUCGACAAAAAAGCGGUCGAACUGUGCAGCCGACACCGCUUGCGCCCACGCACCUCGCGUUAGAGAGAGAGCGUCAGAGAUAGAGAGGGAUGCACAGCCGUCGCCCGGCACCGUGCAGAAGCGCAGCCGUGAAGAUUAUCGAUCGCAGAGCUCCAAAGAUGACCUUGUACGAGUUUUGUGCUGUCAAAGA